AGGGGGAGCCCUAUAAUUGGAGGAGCCUGGGAUCCCUGAGUCCCACUCGGCCCCAGCGGAGGUGAGGACGUGGUUUCCCAGGAGCUGACUGGCCAAUCACAGGCGGGAAGAUGAAGGUUCUCUGGGCUGUAUUGGUGGUCAUAUUCCUGGCAGGAUGCCGGGCCAAAGCGGAGGCAGAGUUGGAGCCAGAGCCAGAGCAGGCCCAGUGGCAGGUGGGCCAGUUGGCCAGCCAGCCCUGGGAGCUGGCGCUGGGCCGCCUCUGGGAUUACCUGCGCUGGGUGCAGACGCUGUCUGAACAGGUGCAGGAGGAGCUACUCAGCUCCCAGGUCACCCAGGAACUGACGGUGCUGAUGGAGGAGACCAUGAAGGAGGUGAAGGCCUACAGGUCGCAGGUGGAGGAGCAGCUGGGCCCUGUGGCGGAGGAAACACAGGCCCGGCUGUUCAAGGAGCUGCAGGCGGCGCAGGCCCGGCUCGGGACGGACAUGGAGGACGUGCGCAGCCGCCUGGCGCAGUACCGCAGCGAGGUGCAGGCCAUGCUGGGCCAGAGCACCGAGGAGCUGCGGGCGCGCCUCGCCUCCCACCUGCGCAAGCUGCGCAGGCGACUGCUGCGCGACGCCGAGGACCUGCAGAAGCGCCUGGCCGUGUACCGGGCCGGGGCCCAAGAGGGCGCCGAGCGCGGCGUGAGCGCCAUCCGCGAACGCCUUGGGCCGUUGAUGGAGCAGGGCCGCUUGCGGGCCGCUUCCGUAGGCACCGUGGCCGGCCAGCCCCUGCGGGAGCGGGCCCAGGCCUGGGGCGAACGGCUGCGCGGGCAUUUCGAGGAGAUGGGCAGCCAGGGCCGCGACCGCCUGGAGGAGGUGCGCGAGCAGUUGGAGGAGGUGCGCGCCAAGGUGGAGGAACAGGCCAACCAGAUGCGCCUGCAGGCCGAGGCCUUCCAGGCUCGCCUCAAGAGCUGGUUCGAGCCCCUGGUGGAAGACAUGCAGCGCCAGUGGGCCGGGCUGCUGGAGAAGGUGCAGGCCGCCGUGGGCACCAGCUCCAUCCCUGUGCCCACCGAGAAUCACUGAGGGCCAGGCCUGCCGCCUGGCCCGCCUCACUCCUGCCCCAGCCCCCUGCCUCCCCUCAGCCAGCAGGAGGCCCUGUCCCCUCCCCGCGGUCCUCCGGUCCUCCUCCGGUGGGCCCUAGAUUAAUAAAGAUUCCUCAGGCUGCACAGCA